AUGAAGGUGUUUCUGUCUCUUCUGUUGGCUGCUGUCACUUGCCUGGAUUUGGGACAUUCCUUGCAGUGUUACACGUGCAGGGAUUUGACCCCAGUUGAGAAGUGCCUGACAAUUGAGAACUGCACAGGGUCUGAGUUCAUAUGCAAGACCACGAUGUAUUCUGAGGAGGAUGUUUAUCCCCCCACAGGAGUCUCAGUUGUCACCAAGAUGUGCUCCUCCUCCUGCGUCCCCUCCGACCUGGAUGGCAUCGGUAUGACACAUCCUGUCACCUGCUGUUACUCUGACCUGUGCAACUUCGAUGGCGCAGCAAGUUUGAGGAUCAGCAUUGUGCCGGUUGGGAUCCUGGCAAGUUCCCUCUGUGCCUUUUUCUGGACUAGACUGUGA